UUUUGUUUGUAUUUCAUUCUUUGUAUCCUCGUAGAAGCGAAUGCCGCCAAUGGCCAAUGACCUGACUGACACAAAUGCGGACCGCUGCAGUGAAAAAUGAGGAGGACGACGAGCAGCUCGAACUGGCAGCAAUCGAUGCAGACAAGCUAGAAGGACUUUGCAUCGGCACACCGAUUUACACACGAUACGGAGACGAGGCGCAGCUGGCCCCCCUGAUGAGCACGAUCCAGGCAGUGAUAGCGUCGUUUGCAGACAUGAGCGACCCGAUCCGCUCGAUGACAAUGGGCGGGCACACGAUCGUGUUCUACACCAGCGGGCCCCUGUACUUGAUGGCUGUGGCUAGUGUUGAUGAGCCAGCACAGCAGCUGCGCAGCGAACUUGCAGCUCUGACAAAAAUCUUUGAGCAGCGCAGCAACUUUGACCUACGCCAGCUGCUUGGCGGCACAGAGCCCGUGAUCGACCAGCUUGUCGACCGCAUGGCGACCAGCUUUGCGUUUUCGCUGGGCUCGCUUGAUACCUUCCUGCUGGCAGCUCGACCUAAAGGGCUUCUGUAUGCAAUGCUGGUGGCCGAUCUGAAGCUGGUAACACUGAUGCGGCCGCGCAAGCAUAGCUUGCAUCCAUCUGACCUGAUGCUUCUCUUCAAUAUGGCUGCUAACCGGGCAUUCCUGACAGGUGAGCAUUGGACGCCCGUCUGCUUGCCACGGUUCAAUGACCAGGGGUUUCUUCACGUCUACGUGAACUAUGUCACGCCGAAUGCUGCAUUGCUGCUGGUAUCUGCUGACCGCGACAGCUUCCCAGCGAUGUCAGGGUGCUGCGAGGCCAUUGUCGCGGAUCUGUCUUCCGACGGCUCACUGCAGCGGCUUGAGGAUGCGGCUGUCACAGCGUGCAUUGCAUCCCACAAGGCUCUGGUCCAGAAUUUUGGCUCGUGCUUUGAUGACUCUGUGCCAGAACGUGACCAGAUGCGUAUCAUGAGCACAUACAAGCGGACUGAGGCUGCAUAUGACGCGGUUCUGGCCUGGCAGUCGAGCAAGUUUGAGCUGUAUGCGACAGUGUCGCCCACAAUGGAUGUGCGCAUGAUGAUCAGGAUGGUCAACAACGUACUGGAGUGGAUUAGAAACGAGGAGGACCAUUUGUUCAUAGUAAACCCGCCCAGCUACUGA